AAAAUUCGCUGUAUUUUAAAUAAACUUUGACCGUGCAACCGAGCGAAAGGAAAUAAUCUUCCCUUUGAAAUCCACAACACAUGGCCCAAAACCAAGACACAGACGCGAUCAUCAGCCAUUCCCAGUAAAAAAUAAAAAGCCACAUUCCAUCAACGCAAGAUGGCGCAGCACGUGCCCUUGUCACGCGUCAUAGGUUCCUAUAUCUUUGGUAUACUGCAGGCCUGCAUUCGUUUCCUUUUCCGCCUGAUCUAUGGCGCGAAGGGCGAGAGCAUGCCACCCAUAACGGACCCCAUUCUGCUCGAAUCGGCAUCGUCGCUUGCAAGAAAGAUACGCAACCAGGAACUUAGCAGCGUUCAGGUAAUGGAGUCGUUCAUACGCCGCAUCAAGGAGGUGAAUCCCAUAUUGAAUUGUGUGGUGGACGAGCGAUACGACCAGGCUCUCCAAGAGGCAGCCGAUGCAGAUAAGCUGAUCAAGUCCGGUCAGCACACCGUGGAGGAAUUGGCCAAGCAGAAGCCCUUUCUGGGUGUACCCAUCACCACAAAAGACUGCAUAUCGGUCAAGGGUAUGCUCCACACGGCUGGCUUGUAUGAUCGACGAGAGGUGCGCGGCUCUAAGGAUGCGGAUGCCAUGGCGUUGAUGCGCAAGGCGGGCGCCAUUCCCAUUGCUUUGACCAACGUCUCCGAGGUGUGCAUGUGGUGGGAGAGCAACAACACGGUGCAUGGACGGACGCGUAAUGCGUAUGAUACAAAUCGUAUUGUCGGCGGCUCCAGUGGCGGUGAGGGCUGCAUACAGUCGGCGGCUGCCUCGGCCUUUGGGCUUGGCUCUGACAUUGGUGGCUCCAUUCGCAUGCCGGCCUUUUUCAACGGCAUCUUCGGACAUAAGCCAAGCAAGCUGGUGGUUUCCAAUGUGGGCCAAUUCCCUGCACCUUUCAGCGACGAGCAGAACUCUUUCUUGGGGCUGGGCCCAAUGUCGCGCUUUGCGGAGGACCUGCGCCCAAUGCUUAGAAUCAUGUCUGGCGAAAAGGCCGAUCUGCUGAAUCUCGACAAGGAAGUGGAUCUAAGCAAGAUGAAGUUCUUCUAUCAGGAGUCAGAUGGCGGUGCCCGCCUAGUGUCUUCAGUAGACCCCGAUCUACAAAAGGCCAUGCAACGAGUUGUGCGGCACCUGAGCGAGAAGUUUGGCAGCAAGCAGGUGGAGCGCAUCCAGCUGCCGCUAUUUCGCCAAUCGGCUGCCAUUUGGUUUGCCAACAUGCGGGACGACAGUGGACACGGCUUCGCCUACCAACUGGGCAAUUUGGAGCAUGACAUCAACACCUAUUGGGAGCUUUUCAAAUGGCUGUUUGGGGCUUCCAAGCACACGUUCAUUGGCUUGUCAACAGCGAUCAUGGACAGUGCUCAGUGCAAGCACGGUUCGCCGAAAUAUGAUCACAUGGUCCGUAAGCGAAAUGAUUUGCGGGCCGAGCUGCAGCGUCUUCUUGGCGACAAUGGAGUGCUGAUCUAUCCCACACACCCCACCGUGGCGCCCUAUCAUAAUGAGCCUGUGACGCGACCCCUUAACUUUGCCUACACGGGCAUUGUGAAUGUUCUUGGCUUCCCAGCCACGGCUGUUCCGUUGGGAAAGGGCAGUGAAGGAUUGCCCCUCGGUGUUCAGGUCAUUGCCAACUUUAACGAGGAUCGUCUCUGCCUGGCUGUUGCCGAGGAGCUGGAGCGAGCCUUUGGUGGCUGGACGCGACCCCAAGUCAGGGUGUAAAGCGUACAAGAAGCCUAGUUAGUAGAAGGGGGGCACUCCACUUCUCAUCUGUCCCCGCCCCCACCCUCUGUAACACAAACAAACCCUCCCGCCCGGCGGUAUCGACGUAUGUCGAACUUGCGGCCUUUGACCUCAGAAAUGUAUUAAUUGUAUGGGUGUACUACAGUGCCUCCUUAUAUCAGUUUUAGAUGUGGUUUUAUAUAUUUCAUAGAUGUUUUUAAUAAUUAAUAAUAUCAAUUACUGGGUCUCGUGCACUGCCUGGGAGGCCGUGCAUUCUCCUUAUGUUUCUACAAUGCAUUUAUGUAUAAUAAAUAAUUGCAACAUGA